AUGGGUGCCCACAAGUACCUCGAGGAGCUUCAAAAGAAGAAGCAGUCCGAUGUGAUGCGCUUCUUGCUCCGUGUGCGCUGCUGGGAGCUCCGCCAACUCAAUGUCAUCCACCGCGCCUCCCGCCCAUCCCGCCCCGACAAGGCCCGCCGCCUGGGAUACAAGACUAAGCAGGGCUAUGUCAUCUACCGCGUGCGUGUGCGCCGUGGUGGCCGCAAGAGGCCAGUGCCAAAGGGUGCUACCUACGGCAAGCCUACCAACCAGGGUGUGAACCAGCUCAAGUACCAGCGUUCGCUCAAGUCGACCGCUGAGGAGCGUGUCGGCCGCCGUGCCGCCAACUUGCGCGUGCUCAACAGCUACUGGAUCAACCAGGACAGCACCUACAAGUACUACGAGGUCAUUCUCGUCGACCCCCAGCACAAGGCCAUCCGCCGCGACCCCCGCAUCAACUGGAUCGUCAACCCCGUCCACAAGCACCGCGAGAGCCGCGGUCUCACCGCGACCGGCAAGAAGAGCAGAGGUCUCAACAAGGGCCACCGCUACAACAACACCAAGGCCGGUCGUCGUCACACCUGGAAGCGACAGAACACCCUGUCGCUCUGGCGCUAUAGAUAG